GCGCGUAGCGGGUCUGGGAAACAUGGAGGAGCUGCUGAGGCGCGAGCUGGGCUGCAGUUUCGUCAAGGCCACGGGCCACACGGGGGGCGGGUGCAUUAGCCAGGGCCAGAGUUACGACACCGACAAAGGACGGGUGUUUGUGAAAGUGAACCCCAAGGCGGAGGCCCGGACAAUGUUUGAAGGUGAGAUGGCGAGCCUCACUGCCAUCCUGCGGACGGGCACGGUGAGGGUGCCCAAGCCCCUGGCGGUCCUUGACGGCCCCGGCGGUGGGAGCAUGCUGGUGAUGGAGCACGUGGACAUGCGGUACCUGAGCAGUUACGCCGCGAAGCUCGGAGCCCAGCUGGCAGAUCUGCACCUGGAGAACCGGAGGCUCGGAGAGGCGCUUCGGAAGGAGGGCGGCACCGUGGGGAGAGGAGGCGGCCAGGUGGAACGUACCUUUGUGGACCAGUUUGGGUUUGAUGUGGUGACCUGCUGUGGAUACCUCCCCCAGGUAAACGACUGGCAGAAGGACUGGGUUGUGUUCUUCGCCCGGCAGCGCAUCCAGCCCCAGAUGGAUAUGGUGGAGAGGGCGUCUGGGGACCGGGAGGCCCGCGAGCUCUGGGCUGCCCUGCAGCUGAAGAUCCCAGAACUGUUCCAGGACCUGGAGGUCAUCCCCGCCUUGCUCCACGGUGACCUCUGGGGAGGAAAUGUGGCCGAGGACGCUUCUGGGCCCAUCAUUUUUGACCCAGCAUCUUUCUAUGGCCACUCGGAGUACGAGCUGGCGAUUGCUGGCAUGUUCGGGGGCUUCAGCAGUGCCUUUUACUCUGCCUACCACGGCAGGAUCCCCAAGGCCCCUGGGUUCGAGAAGCGGCUGCAGCUCUACCAGCUCUUCCACUACCUGAACCACUGGAACCACUUUGGGGCAGGGUACCGGGGGUCCUCCCUCAACAUCAUGCGGAACCUUGUCCAGUGAGCGUGCUCACCUCACGUGUGGGCCCUGGGGGCCGCGGGGACCCGGGUUCACAUGUGCAUGGGUUCCAGUGAGUACACUGCCCUCACGUGUUGGCCCAGGGCCUGCGGGAACCCAGGUUCACUUGUGCAUGGGUUCCAGUGAGUACACUGCCCUCACGUGUUGGCCCAGGGCCUGCGGGGACCCAGGUUCACGUAUGUGUGUGGGUGGGUUCUGCCGGAGGCCACCGCUGGGCCUCAUUUCUCACCCUCCUUGCCGUGAUCUCUUUCUGGGAUAGUUUAUGACCAACUCAGCAGCUUGUUUUCAGCUUUGUAAAGUACAUGUUUCAAAACAAAGCUUUUGUCGUCCUGGACUUGUACGUGUUAGACUGUAGCAGAUAAAACCACACUAGAUAAAGCCAGGGCCUGUGGCGCCAGGCAGCGCCGAGCCACGCCAGCCACCCAGAGUCGGGGCUUGGAGAGGAUGGAGCGCUCCCCAGGGUGCGGUCAGGGAGCCAUCCCUGCUGCCUGGGGACGCCUCUCCAUGUCCUCCCCACCCCCGCGUCCGGGGCUGUUCUCAAGGAUGCUUCUUGGGGGUGGCACUUCCAGACACAAAACUGUCUUUCGGAAGCUUCUCACAGGACCAGUGCCGGAGCUGACACAUUCCAUGAUUUGCAUCGCUUUGUGUCCUGCUGCCGCUGGCAGGUCUGGACACGGACGCUGGCUUGGCCUGACCCUGGGGUGUCCUCCCGUGACGCUGGAGCUGGUCGGUGUUGACCCAUCGGCCUGCUGUCUAAAGCCUGGGUGGGCGCUCCUUGCAGCUUGUAGAGUGAGUGCUGCGUCCGUGGUUUCUCCUCCUUCAGCGUUGCCUGAUGAGAUCAGUAUUUCAUGAGUGGCACUGAUGCUGAUAAAUCAUUUUGUGUAAAAAUUUGAAUAAACUUUCAGUGGUUUCACUGACAUGUGAGAUUAUUUUCAUCAUUUGAAUCAUAACUCAGUGUUUAUCUUAGCAGUC